ACCCAAGCUUACCACUUAUUAAAACCCCCCCUUCGAGUCCUGCCAUGGCCAACCCCUGCUAACACCUCCUCCUUGCCGUUAGACAGGCAGUCAGGCAGCCAUGUACGCUCAUCCACCUUCCACGCCUCGCUCCAUCCUCAAGCAGCAGCACUCGUCCACCAGAGCCGGUUGCAGGUCUCCUGACAGACCUCCUGCUGUCCACUUCCCUCCCUCGCCUUCUUUGACCAGAGUAUACGCCGCCCACCCCUCUACAGCGUAUGACCGAUCGCCCAUCGUCGUGUCUCCUAAUGCCUGUGCUCUGCCGGAGCGUGGUUGUCCUGGUCGGACAUACACCCUAGGCGACGAACGUCCAACGCGUUCGUCUCAGUCAAAACGGCGUAUCGAAAGCAGAUAUCCUACCUCCCCAACCAGAUCUGUAGGGGAUGACCAUACUCGCUCCUCAGAGUCAGAUGAGAGUGACAGCUUCGUCACACCAUUCGAUACCCCCAACACGUCAUUGACGCCAGCCCCAUCAAUAUCAAAGCCUCGUAUUCGCUCUGAUGGCAUGUUGCCCACUAGCCCAUAUUACCCCGAGCAGUCAGGCUUUUCUGACAACUAUCCACCUUCUUACCCUUCGUACCGAUCAUCUCUGGAUGAUGCGCACAAAUCUCGCCGGCGCAGGUCGCGGGAUCGCUCGCGCGAACGUUCGUACGCUAGCGACGACUGUUAUAAGCCAUUCUCCCCAUACUCAUCGCAUGCGCUUAGAGAGAUGGACGAUGGCUGCUUGGGGGGCUUUUGAGCUCUCGUAUGCUCACUUUUUUGGAGUCGCCACACAUUAUAUCCUGGAGCUCUCGACAUGCAAGUCUACUAGACGUCGUUUAGAACGACUGCAAACCUAUACUACACAACUGUAUUUAUCUUUUUGCAAGCAGUUUGGAACGUUUGUUGAGGUCUUGUGGACAUGCUCGAUUUGUCUUGUGCGCAGUCGCCGGGGGAUUCUUGCGAAGCCAAUGACAUCAGACACUGCCGUCGAAUCAUUGAUCAAGACUUCGCCAGCUCUCCCGAUCUACUUCUUAGGUCCACCCGGCCCUAGGUGCCGCAGACCUUUGGAAAUAGGUUUCAUCUGCUGCAGUGGCCGUAGGCUUGGUGCUGACUCUGCCCACAGCAUCGCACAGCUGCAACGCCGCUCCAGCAGCUCGUUAUGUAUCAUCCCUGCGCUUGAACGUUCAUCAGUGUCACUGAUCAGCGUCCUCAUGGAACGGCGCUGCCGUGACACACGGAGUUCUAACUUUCCG